CUUCCAAAAUGAAUAUAAUUUUUUUCUUCUAUUCAUUGUUAAUCAUAACAAUUGUGGUAUUCGCUGGCGAUCCUCAAUUCGAUCCAACAACAUUAAUGGAAUUAGUUUUGGUACCAGCUGAUACAGAAAUUGGUACAAUUAUAUAUCGUCUUCGUGCCUCUGAUAUUGAUUUUGACUACCCAUUACAAUUUGAGCUGCUUGAUGAAGCAUCAAAGUCUACGAUUAAAAUUGAUACUUUAGCAUGUAGCCGUUAUAAUUCGGUGUGUCAAGCAAAUGUAGUAUUACAGAAGCGCUUACAGAGUGGACGAUAUUAUGAUUUUCGAGUUCGAGUUCAAGAUACAAAAGGCAAUUCGAAUACCAUAAAAUGUACAAUUACAGCAACAAACAAUACUACACCUCGUGAUGUAAUAUUCCCACAUGUACCUGAUUUAAUUAUGAUACCAGAAGAUGCAAAACGUGGAACUGAGUUAGGUUCUGUUAUAGCGAGAAAAAAUCCAUCAUAUCCAAAACCCGCAUAUAUUGAAUUAUGGGGCUCACCAGUAUUUGCAAUUCGCCAACGUGCAAUAUCCGAUGAAAAUACUGAAGCCACAAUAUUUUUACUAGGUCAAUUGGAUUAUGAAAAACAAGCAAUGUAUCAUCUGUCAAUUUUAGCAAAUGAUCCAUAUGCAAUAACAAAGUACGAUACAAGAAAUAUAGCUGCAGUACAAAUUGUAGUAAUUGUACAAGAUGUACAAGAUCAACCGCCAAUAUUUACAGAAGCACCACCUGUUACACAAUUAGAUAAUUCAUUGGUACCUGGUGAUAUUGUUGUUCGUGUACAUGCUGAAGAUGGUGAUAAAGGAGCACCACGUCAGAUACAAUAUGGUCUUGUAUCAGAAGGAAAUCCAUUUACACCAUUUUUUAAUAUCUCUGAAAAAGGUGGAGAAAUAAUUCUUGCAAGACCACUAGACGAAAUCACUGCCAUUUCACAUCCAGGAGUUCCUAUUUUGCUAACAGUAAUCGCUGAAGAAAUUAAAACUGGACGUGAUGAACCACCAGCAAUGUCUUCCACAGUACAAUUAGCUUUAAUUUUAGGUGAACGAGGCAAUCAACCGCCUUAUUUUGAAAAUGACAAUUAUGUAUCAAGAAUUGAAGAAAAUGCACCUCAAGGUACAGCGUUAGUAUUUACCGAUCCAUACAUACCUCAAGUAAGCGACGAUGAUAUGGGGAAAAAUGGUGUAUUCGCAUUGACAUUGGAAAAUAAUAACGGCACUUUUGAAAUUUCUCCAAAUGUAGGCGAACGUCGUGCUCAAUUUUUGAUAAAAGUGCGUGAUAAUACUCUUUUAGAUUACGAACAACGACAUUCAGUACAAUUUCGAAUAAUUGCUCAAGAAUUAGGACCGGCCACAAAUUUAUCUACUAGUGUUGAUGUAACUGUGUUUCUUAUUGAUAUGAAUGAUAAUCCUCCGAUAUUUAUGCAAGAAUUUUAUCAAAUCGAGUUACCAGAAAAUAUGACUGCUCAAACGCGUGUGACCCAAGUAUAUGCCGAAGACGUGGACACUGGUUUAUAUGGAAAAGUGAGGUAUACACAAAUUAUUGGCAAUCAAAAUCAAUCGUUAAAUUUGGAUCCAAUUACUGGUGUAAUUACUGUCACAACUGACAACCAUGGUUUUGAUCGCGAAGCUCAAGAGGAAUAUCGUUUUUAUGUAGAAGCACGUGAUGAAGAUGGUGAAGGAAACCGAGCAACGGUCCUGUUAAUAAUAAAACUGAUCGAUGUAAACGAUAAUGCUCCAAUUUUCGAACGUUCCCUUUAUGAAUUCAUUUUGGCUCCAGAUUUACGAAACUUCACAAAUCCAGCAAUAAUCCAUGCUGUGGAUGCAGAUUCCGAUUAUCCAAAUAAUGCCGUUCGGUAUGAAAUUCGUUUAGGGAAUUAUGAAGAUAAAUUUUUUAUUAUACCUGAUACUGGAGAAAUUUUAUUAAACGCACCAUUGACGCGUAAAUCAAGGAACCAGGCACAACGGCGUCGUCAGAAGCGACAACAAUCUUCUAAUCCAGACGUGUAUGUGCUCACAGCACGUGCCUAUGAUUUAGGUGUGCCACAUUUGUAUUCAGACUGUGAAGUGCGUAUUUAUCCGCCUGAAUCUCGUGCAAGAACAAUUGUAUUUAUUGUAGCUGGAAGUAAUCCAGAUCGACGUCAAACGGAGAACAUGUUAGCAGCAUUAACUGGUGGUCGUGUUACAAUACAAAGUAUACGACCAUAUAAUGGGCGAGAAAUUGGCGGUGCUACAGAUGUUACAGCUUCUGGAGAUCCAAAUAGCGCAAAAAGUGUUGUGGUUGCUAAUGUCCUGUACAAUGGAAAUUCUGUGGUUGACGUCAGCCAUCUUCAAAAUACAGUACCAAAUUCCUCAGUUGUUCGGACUGACGACUCUCCUGUUACAACUGUAAGAGAAUAUCGUUCUGAUAGCAGCGAUCUACUUUUCUGGCUACUAAUUCUUCUGGCAUUUCUAAUAUUAGCAUUAAUAAUUCUACUUCUUUGCUGUUUAUGCCAAGGAUGUCCAUUGUACAAACCAUUGAAACGAGUAAUUCACUCCACGGCGUCUGUUGCGGAAAAUGUGCAUUUAGUCCAUAAUGAAAAACAAUUAGUUGCUGGAGGGCAUGGAGCUGGUCAAGAAAAUAAAAGUGUACAAGCCGUGGAAUGGGGUGGUAGAGCAACUCGCAAAGAAGCCUGGAGUGCUGAUCUAGUUGAUACAAGAACAAAAGCCACACAGUGGCAGUUCAAUCGACGAAACAACAAACAUCACCGUGACACUAUGUCAUUAAAAGGCUACGAUAACGGUUCGCUAAAAGAUUUACGCACUGAAGAUGAAAAAUCUACGCUGAAAAUACGUGGUGGCGAUGAGGAUGAUACGCGUGGACCAAAUGUCAUAUAUUCCCGAGAAUGGCAACAGCGGCAAACGGAGGCGGAUGAUCCAAAACGAAAUGUGAUGUAUAUUGAAGAUAUGGAGAAUUCUUUGGGACAUCAACGUAAUGAGGUAGUAAUUGAUGACGAUUCAUUACGACGACAUGAAUACGAACGUGGCUCCGAUGAUGAAUAUCGAAAUAGUUUGCGUCGAAAGUUACAACGACAAGAAAAUAUGGUUAUCAAUGAUACUGAACAAGCAAUAUUACAAAACGGUCGAGAACAAUUGUUCAUAAAAGAUGGAAACACAGAAAUUUUACGACUGGUUACACGAAAUGGUCGAGUUCAAGAAGAACUAUUACAACAACCACAAAUGGGUAGACCUAUAACUAUUGUUCAGCCUCCGCAAACAAUGAUACAACCUCAAUAUAUUAUGGUAGAUAAUGAAGGAAAAAAUAUUUUAAUGCAACGAUAUAUUGAACAACAAUCGAUAUUAAAUCCGAUUCAUCAAAAUAUGAUGGCAAUGCGCUCGAAUCCAGCAAGUGUUAUUACCCAAAAUGAACCGUAUAUCCCACCUGGAAUGGCAAAUAUUCCAGGAGGUGUUGGAAAUACUAUACAAAUUCCAGUUACAUCAGUGAACUCAAACUUAGAAUCUGAAUCAAUUCCAAUUAUUCCACCAUCAAACACAAAUAUGACUACAACGAAUCCGUCAUACGUAUCGCACACGCGUAAAAGUACACCCACAAAUCACGCCCAAAAUAUUACGUCUGAAUUACUGGAAACAUCACUACGUCAACAAAAUGAAUUGCUACGUCAGAUAUUACUAGAAAAAGAACGGUUACAGCAGCAAGCAGGAGUAGCUGCAGCAGGAAGUCGGGCCGGAGGAAGCCACAAUGAUGACGAAUUAAUGAAGAUGGAAACGCAGAGCUUACCACCAUUUCAAAUGACUACGAUUGGAGUGCAAACACAAACAGAUUGUAAUAGUAGUACACAAACUGAUUUAGAGUUGUUACGCCCGCUUCGACGACAAACUCGAAGUGAUAAUGAUUCCUUCUCUGAGGAUGACUUGAAUAGUGAUAAUGAUGAUGAAUAUCAAGUGUACAUAAUUGGUGGGGAUACAGAGGAAGCAAAUACAACAGCAAUACGCUUAUUAAAACGUCGAAAGUAUUAUAAGAAACGAAAAUCACGUCUAAAACGUGAUCAUCGUGGAAAUGGAGGCCCCUCCGGUGGAUCAAUGAGUGUCAUACGUGUCGUAGAAGAGAUUAAACGCAAAAUAAAAACACCAAUUUUAGAAGAGUCUGAGCAUCAAUCACCUACAAAUCAUAAUAUUGCCACGUCGCCAAUCAAAGUUGCUCAAAUUGAUUCAUCAUCGUCACCAAAACGCACCAUAAAAUCUGGUGGUGGAAUACAAAAAGAAGUUUUACGAGAAAUAUCGGAUUCACUAGUGGAUAAUCAAUCAACAUCCGAUCAAAAUGUACCUGAAGAAGCGCGUAUAAGAAAUCGUUCAGCCAUAGAAAAACGUGCAAAAUUUAGUGAAAGUAAAGCAUCAACAAAUUAUUAUGAAAAUGUACCAAACGAUAAAGAAUUUUCCGAUGACAGUUUAAAUGGAUCAGAAACAACGAAUAAAAAAAUUUUUUCUCAAGGAUCCUCUACGGAGAUUAAAGAGAAUUUAAAAAACGAAAAUAAAUCAAAAACUCCAAAAAUUCCACCGAAACCAAAACGUAAAAAGGAAAAUAUUACAACUCAUUUAGUGGAUCGAAGUGAUCCACCAAAACCGUCAAGUCAAAAACCACAGACUAGUGCUCAAGAAGGAGGUGCGGUUGAUGUAUCCAAAAGUGUUCCACGUUACAUGCAAUGGUACAAGAAUAAAAAAGAACGCGAUAAAGAUGCAACUAAGGAACAGCAAGAUAGUUCAACAUCAUCGAAAUCCAAAAGUAGUAGUGGAGUUUCUUCCACAAAAAAUAAGGUAGCAUCUGUAAGAAAAAAGGUUGCACCUAAAAAAACCGCACCUGCGGAACCAGUGAUUGCAAAUCCUGUUGAAACUACAAUUCCGUCAGAUACUACCAGACUUGGAGUUAUCGGAAGUGGUGGAGGUGUCGGAGAUGUAGGUAUACCCACAGGAAAUCCAGGCACAACAAUACGUCCAUUAUUACAACAUUCAGAGCAUCGCUAUGAACAUAUGUAUCCAUAUCCACCGAUUUUAUACGCACAACCAGCUCAAAUACCUCAGCAUUUAUACGUAGACGAUGCUCAACCAGGAAGUGGGCAAAUUCCACCUCCUCCGAUAAUUAUUCAACCUGCUUCGUCAGUUACCACGCAAGAAUCAACGCCAGCUAAACAAACUUCUACCACAAAUCAAGCUCAAAAUACAACAAUUACUACAACAACUGUUAUCACUCCCGCGCCUUCCGUUGCACGAAUUGAGGAUGAUUAUGAUUCAGGUAUUGCUAUGACGUCAUUGCAACAGCAACAACAACAACAACAAUAUCCAGUUGCGUCAUAUCCUCCGGGUGGUAUUGUUUUAAAAAAGCCACCAAUUACUGAAAAGAAAAGCGUUUUUACCAUUAAGUAUGAUGACAUGCAUACAAAACAAUUGACUGCUGAUAGUGAUACACCGCCAUAUUGAAAGUGUGACUUUGAACUGUAAAUAAUCUACUUAAUUGACUGAUGUUAAACAUCAAAAUCUGAAUGGAAAAACUGAAAGAAGGCUGUAACCGUCUUUCUUUAAACAAAAAAACUUCCUUAUCACAAAUUUGUUGCAGCUUUUCGAUGAAAAUGUGUUUACUUGCCGUGGUAUUCCAAAGUUGUGAGAUCUGUAAUAAAUGACCAGACAAACUGCUUAUCACUGUCCAUAAUCGAAAAUUCUCAAACCAUGGAUUAUAGUUUUAAUUUAAGUCAAGUAAGUCAAUAAAAAAAAAUUUUGUGAGUACUGGAAUACGUUGACUGAAAGUUGCAAAAGUUUCAAAUAAAAUAUCGUCUUAAAUGCAAAAGUAUUUCAAAACUGUAAAUGCAAACGUGUGUGCAAUUGAAAUAUCAAUAAUCAUCGAAGGCUAGUGAUAUCAAUUACCUACAUAUCGAUUGUGCCUUUAAACAAGAGUGCAAUGACAAAGGGGAAAUAGGUGGACAAUGCUACGAUUAUUCUUGUAUUUCUUUUAAAGUCUUGGACUUUUAGUUUCAGUAAUAAAUUGUUUCUAAUCAAAGUAUAAUGAUCCAGUAGAAAUGUACUUUUUAACGAGAAAGUAUUCCGAAGUUAGUGAAAUUUUACAGGCUAUUUGGAGGUACUCUAUGAUGGCUCAGUUUUCGACCUCGAGGACACUGUGCUAACUUGAGGGGGGGGGGGGUUCAAAACCCCCAAAGUUUUCGGACUUCUUUCAAUUUUUCGCUUAUAUCACGUUACUUAAGCCCAUUUUGUGUUCUAUAGUUCAUUACAAAGUUGUCGAACAUUAAAUUUUUUAAAAUUUGGUAUGUAAAACGACUUUGGAAACUCAAUAAUAACCGAGAUACAGCCGAUGAAAUUUAGACAAAGUUUCCCGAAAUAUACAAAAAAUAGCCGAAAAAAGCAUUUUCCCUCUGGAAGG